AUGCAGACCCCGUCGUCCUGCGGCCCCGACAACGCCACGCUGCUGAUGCUGCGGGACCCGGCGAUCGCCGUGAUGCUGCCGGUCGUGUACUCGCUGGUGGCGGCCGUGAGCAUCCCGGGGAACCUGUUCGCGCUGUGGGUGCUGUGCUGCCGCAUCGGGCCCACGUCGCCGUCCGUCAUCUUCAUGAUCAACCUGAGCGUCACGGACCUGAUGCUGGCGUGCGUGCUGCCGUUCGAGAUCCACUACCACUGCAACGGCCACCACUGGGUGUUCGGCGUGGCGCUGUGCACCGCCGUCACCGUGGCCUUCUACGCCAACAUGUACUCGUCCAUGCUCACCAUGACCUGCAUCGCCGUCGAGCGCUUCCUCGGCGUGGUGCACCCGCUCGCCUCUGCGCCCUGGCGCCGGCGCCGCUACGCCCUGGGCGCGUGCGCUGCGUGCUGGCUGCUGCUGCUGGCCGCGCUCUCCCCUCUGGCGCGCGCCGACCUCACCUACCCGGUGGAGGCGCUGGGCAUCGUCACCUGCUUCGACGUGCUCAAGUGGAACAUGCUGCCCAGCCUGCUGACCUGGGCCGUGUUCCUGUUCACGCUCUUCGUGGUGCUGUUCCUCGUGCCGUUCGUGGUCACCGUGGCCUGCUACACGGCCACCAUCGUGCGGCUGCUGCGCUCGCGGGAGCCGCACAGCCGCGCGCAGCGCCGCCGCAGCCUAGAAAGCAGGGGCCCCGGCAGCCCCCGGCCUCGGAAACCCCCAGCCAGCGGGGAGACCGCCCCGGGGGGGAGGCUGCAGCCUGAGCAGACACGUGUGAAAAGCCUCAAACCACGCACUCAGCUGCCGGUGCCGGGGGUGAGGCGUCGCGGGGGGCGGAAGCCGCGGGCCAGCGCGCGCCCCCGACCCCGGCAGACCCUGCGGGACCCGGGGGGCUGCGGCCCCCCGCACCGCCUCCCCGGACGCGCUCCGAGGCUCCGGCGGCGCCUCCUGCGCUCCCGGAAACCCCGCGGGUCCUAA